GCUUCUUGAUAUCAUUUAUCACCAGCAACCAUUUGUCAGCAUUCAUUUUUCUUAAAUUCAUUGCCUAUUUCAAACCAUUCCGUUUUUCAGAGCCCAAAAUGAGCUCUAGAAUUACGAAAUUUACAUCUAAAUUUCAUUUUACCACCUUUGUUCGAACUUUAUCCUCAACAGUUACCGCUAAAAAUGCUGACUCAUCAGUUCCAAGGCCUAAACCUCUACCUCAGGCGUCGUUAGAAGCAGAGCAUAUCUACACUAGUCAACAUGUAGAACUCAGAGAGUCGUACUCAAAACUGAUUCAGAAGGAAAUUGAGCCCUACAUCGAUGAAUGGGAGGCAAAAGGAAUAUUUCCGGCUCACGAACUGUUCAAGAAGCUAGGAGAUGCAGGCUUCCUGGGGAUAUCCAAGCCAGUCGAGUAUGGGGGCAUGGGGCUGGAGUACAGUUAUGAAAUCGCUGCGGCGGAGGAGUUAGGAAAGUGCUCUUGUGGGGCAAUCCCGAUGGCAAUUGAAGAUCCAUCUGUGGGAACCUAUGGUGUGCAGUCGGACAUGUCCACUCCAGCAUUGGCAAAUUUCGGGUCCCCAUUGUUGAAGGAAAAAUUCCUCUCCCCCAGCAUUAAGGGAGAAAUGGUAGCAUGCAUUGGAGUUAGUGAGCAGGGCGGGGGGAGUGACGUGGCCAACAUUGUCACCACUGCCAAGAAAAAGAAUGGAUACUAUUACAUAACAGGCAACAAAAUGUGGAUCACAAAUGGAAUCCAGGCCGACUGGAUGUGUAUGCUAGCCAAUACUGGACCCCCCUCUGCGCCCCCACACCUGAACAAGUCUUUGAUAUGCGUGCCUUUGGACUCAGAGGGCGUGCAGAGAGCGAGGAAGAUUGAGAAGCUGGGGAUGGACAGUUCAGAUACGGCACAGAUAUACUUCGACAAUGUCAAGGUGCCGGAGGAGAACUUGAUAGGGGAAGAGGGACUGGGCUUUGUGUACCAGAUGAUGCAGUUCCAGGAGGAGAGGAUCUGGGGGGCUGCCAGUAUAGUGGAGACCCUGUUCAGACUCAUAAGCGACACGAUACAAUACACAAGUGAAAGGAAGACGUUUGGGAAGCCAUUGAUUCACAACCAGUACAUCCACUUCAGACUGGCCGAGUUAGAAACAGAGGUGGAAAUGCUCAGGUCUUCCAUCUACAGAUGUGUGGGUCUAUAUCAACAAGGCUAUGACGUCACAAAACUAGCCUCGAUGGUGAAGCUAAAAGCAGGCAGACUUAGCAGGGAAGUGGCAGACACCUGUCUUCAGUUCUGGGGAGGGAUGGGAUAUUCUAGAGAGACGCACGUGAACAGAGCAUUCAGGGAUCUUCGACUUCUCUCGAUUGGAGCGGGAGCAGACGAGAUCAUGCUACAGAUAAUAUGCAAGUACAUGGGCACUCUACCUAUGCCACCCAAGAAACAACUACCUUCUUCAUAAACAUUUUCUGAAAAGUUAUAGAAUCUAUUUCUACCUUGUAUAUUUUUGUUCCGACCAUCAAAAACUUUUAAGAACUUGUAUUCGGGUGUGUUUAAUUUUUGUUCUUCACCUAAAAUCAGGUGCCACAAAUAGUCAACGGAAUGGGU